AUGUCGGAAUUCUCUGGAGUGCAAGCUUCAUCGAGCCCAAAAGACUCGGUAACGAAUGUGAUCCAACGGGGUCAAGCACAUUUAAUGCGUAGAUUAGAUUCGCUAAAGAACGCUAUCCAAGCCGCUAGAGAUACGGAUUCUUCAUAUGUAGAGGAAUGGACGGAACGAUUAAGUGUGAUAGUGUCCGCGUUCGAUACGAAGCACGCGUCGUUGCCAGAGACAGUGGAUGCUGCGCAGUGGGAAGCAGAAGAGAAACGGUAUGAGGAGUUUGACCGGCGUCGAUGUGAUAUAUCGAUACUUAUAAAAAGAUGCGGAGCAGAUCUGUGUGCGUCCAACACCGAAACGCAGCAGCCAGGAGUGUCGAACUCCCGAUCCAAGGUGCGGUUACCUGAGAUUCCUAUGCCUAGUUUCAAUGGUGCCUGGGAAACGUGGCCAACGUUUCGGGACUCGUUCGUUAGUAUGAUCGACGGGCAUCCGAAAUUGUCUGAUGUAGACAAGUUGAUGUAUCUAAAGCGCGUGGUAACUAAGGAAGCAGCGCAGCUGAUCGACGCAGUAGAAACUACAGCGGCGAAUUAUAGUGUGGCUUGGGAGCUGUUAAAAGAUCGCUACGAAAACAAAAAGGUGUUAGUGCGUCGCUAG